AUAUGGACCGAGCUACCUCGACCGAAUGACUUCCGGCAGUCCGUUUUUCCUGUUCUAUCUUCAUCAAUAAGGAAUUCUGAAGUUAUUUCAAGCUUCUAUGUAAAAUAAUGAUACAUUCCGUCGAUCUAAGCAUAUCUUUAAAACAAAACUGACAAACUUUUCUGACAAAAAACAGUAAACAAAGAGGAGUACCUGUUGUUUGCGUAAAACUGAUCCAAGUCAACAAACAAACAUAGCAAUAGAUUGUUGGAAGUGGACCAAAUCAUGGGGGAUACAUUAUUAUGUUUAAACUGCUGUAUAACAGAACAACCGCAACCUAAACGACAAAGACGAAGAAUAGACAGAAGUAUGAUAGGUGCACCAACAGAUUUUCGUCAUACUACUCAUGUAGGUUCGGGAGAUGUCAGUAAUAAUACCAGUAAUCUUAAUUCCAUACAAGGACAGAUGUCAUCUAAGGGAGGCUAUGAUCAUCAUGUAUCACCUGGUCAUUUACAGUUAGAUGUAGUUGAUUUACCAACACGUAAUAAUAGAUAGAGUGAGAGUGUAGAUGUUAGUGUGUAGAAAGGAACACUGUCUUGUGAAUAAACAUUGUUUUUUUUUUUAAAUUGUCUUUUCUGUGUACAUUGUGCGAUAUUUGAAGAUCUACUGAGUGACCUGGAUCAUUGAGAAAAAGUGAUAAAUAAUUGACCAGAAGAAGAUAGAAUUGACAAACAUAAUUUAAUAUUUUAUAUGUUAACUGAUAAACCAUAAGUGCUAAUUAAUAAUAGUGUUGUUUUGCUUUAGGAGAUUUUCUGAUAACUUGUAGUUUGUUUUAGUGUACAUUAAUAUUAUUAAGAUUAAGAUAAUGUUAACAUGUAUGUAAACAAGACCUAAUGGCUAUUAUUAGUACCAUAUGCAAUAAUUAUUAAUGUUAUUCAUUAUUUAGAUAAUUAUUUUUACUAUAAUAUUUAUAAAUCAUAGAUGGCCUUUAUUCAAAAGAAGAAAUAACAGAUUGUUUGCAAAAAAAAACCCACCCCUUAUUGUAAAAUAAUUAACUGUUCCAAAACAUAUAAUACUUUUUGUAUUUAAUUAGAUCAGUUAAUUUUUCACUAAAAGGGAGUUUAUCUGCUGGUCAGCGCUUGUUAUUAGAUGGAAUGAAUAACAGUGUUUUGUAUUUUAUUGACAUUCAGUGGUAAUAUGUGAAUAUGAAGUUGAUUGUAAGUAAAAUGUAUUAAAUGUAUAUACUUAGAGAAGAAUUUAUAAGAAUUUGAUUUUAUGUCUCUAAUAAUUUGUUUGUUUAUUUUGUACAUAUAUCUAUGUAUUUUCUUUGUCAAAAAAAAUGUCCCAGUUUAUUUGGCACAAACAAUAUGGUGAACAUAUGUAUUUUGUCGUACAAAUAUUUUGUUCACAAAGAAAUGAUUUGAAUCUCAGAUGAUUAACACACACAAAGUACAAAACCCAGGAAAACAUCCUCACACAGAUUGCUAAAAAUUUGACCAGAAAAAAUGUCUUUUUAGAUUGUAUAGGAUUGACUUUAAUGGUCAAAUAUGUACACUGUCCAGCCAUAAGUAAGAUUUCAAAAAUACUAUUGAAUGUAAAGGGUUAUAAUUACAUAUAAUGUCCAAUUACAUUUUAUUUGAUUUUCAAUCUAAUUUUAUUGCUCAGCCAUUUUGUAGCUGACUUCUAUUUGAACACCAUUUCCUGUUAUUGUAAGGAUGUUUUUUUUGGAUGACGUACUUGGUGUGUUGAAGUGAGCUGCCUGUGAAAUUGUGAUCUGAUAAGAAUAAUUGUUUCUAGAAAUGUGCACAUUGAAGUAUAGGAUUAGUAGAUACCUUUUCAUAAAUACAAAUAUAAACAUGUUUUGUGUACAUUUUAUGUCUGAAACAAGUCAUUAAUAUUAAUACAGUUAAUACAACUAAAAUCGCCCUCAGAGUUGUGAAACUUUCAUUCCAUCUUAAAAUUUACUUAAUUAUGAGAAUACUGAACUAUGAUUAUCUAAUCUACCGGGUAUUUAUAUUUAUCAUUUUGUUAAAUUCACAUGCCAAAGUUAUCUGACCUUGAUUAUUUUUGUUCAGUAUCACUUUGAUGUAGAAUAACCCACAUGGUUAUGACCGAUAGAAGUAAAAUGAACAUAUUAAAAUGUUGUCUAUUCGGUAUAAUAUACUGACUUCUUAUCCACACAUUUAGGACAAUAUUAUUUGAGAAGACAGGGUAAAGUGUAUUAAGUUGAUUAUUUUACAAAUAUCACAUUAAACCUAUAUAUAUUUAUAUUAUAUUAUAUCACCAUAGUCUUAUCCAAACAUGAACUAUUUCUUAUUAAAGUCUCUCCAGUCUAUUCUAGAAAGAGACAAAAGAUGGACCCAAUAUAUGUCCUUUUCGAAAAAGCAUUUUGACAUUAUCAAUAUUAAUGUUAAAAUGAUUUCUUCCGCCAAUGGAAAAAUAAAAAUGUCUCUAAAAUACACACAAAUCUUAAUAAGAAAUAUAAAUGCUUCCAUGUUAUAUAGAGAAAAGAGAAACAUGGAAACAUUCAAAAAAAAUUUAGUAUUCGACUUUUAAUUUCAGUUGAAUAAUUUAAACUUUUUGCCUCUUCCCUAUUGGAACAGUUAAAGGCAGCCUGUACCUUUUCCUGAACUAAACUUGUUUAUAACAAAUUGGAAACUAACUAUAAUUAAUGAAUCAGUGUGCAAACACUGUUUCUGUUAUCAAAUAAGAUUUAUAUUUAUGGCGCUAUAGAAUUAAUGGGAAUAGUUUUGUGUUUGUGUAAAUGUCAUUAUUAAAAGUUAUUUAUAUAACCACUGACAGGCUGUAAUGACGAUAGAUAUAAUUGUUUAUCAUACUCUCUUUUGUGUUCACAAAAUCACCUGUUGACAAUUAACCAUGGUAAAUAAAAACUGUAAUACUGAUUUUUACAGGUAUAUCAGUUUGUAAAUUAAACUGUUAGUUACGUACAGUAUGUGCUAAAUGCAUUCACCUAGUUUAUUUUUGAGGGUGUUUUUCAACAAAUAUCUAAUGAUUUUGUUAAAUAAUUGAGUGUUUUGAGGUAAAAUAACCGGUAGUUAAAUUGGUACAUUAUUGGUAUUCGAUGAGAUAUGUAAAAAAUGGACAAGAUAUAAGCCCAGGUUCCUGAUAUGUAAUAUACUGAUAUGUACAUGUAAUAACCUAUACUGAGAAGCAAUGAAAACACACCACUGAUUUGACUGGAAAUGAACUUGACAUGUAAUUUACUUUGCAUAACUGUACACAGGUUAUUUAGCGACACAAGAAAUAAAAUGUAAUCCGAUUUAACGUCCUACUUUUCUGCAUAUAGUGUGCUAUGAGAGAAAUUUUGGUCAUACAGCAGCAUUCUAGCCUGCUCUCAAGGGUUAUUUUACGUGCACGCCAAUGUGUACACAGGGCCUCAGUGUUUUGUUCCAUCCGAAUGACUAGACACUCUCCUUUGUAGACCCUCCUGCACCAGUGGGAACCAUGAAAUAAAAUCCUAAGGAACUUUGUCGGCCAACACCAGGAGCGAAACCGAGACUUUCUGGUUUGCGAGCCAGCUUCUUUCUCACCGAGUCAUGUGGACUCCUCACACUAGCAGCAGUACGGAAGCUUACAGUGGGCAAUCCUGCAGUAAUACAUUGCCAUCCAGAACUUGGAAAAUCUCCAGUGGAUUCUUUGUACAGUUGUCUACCUUGUGUCUUCCAUUCGGUCAAAUUCAGUUUUUUGUGUUUCAGAAACUAAUCUGUGACGGUUUUACGCGAUCACGAUCUGAUGUAAUAACAUUGUGAAUUGCAAGGUUAAAUUUGUGUAUCUCAAAUGAGUUUGUAUUGCCUCUCAGUAUCAAAUAAAUGUCUGGUUUAAUUUUGUCAACACGUGUAUAUCUAUUAUAAAAUGUAGCCAACCACAACAAUAUUAUUUACUUGUUUUAUGAAACCACCUGAAUUAAAAAUCCACUUUUAUAAAUUUAUUUUAAUGUAUUUCCUUGGUUCCACAUUUGGCUUUAGCCUUGAGAAUUGUUCAGGCCUAUUGUCAAAAUAACUCAAGAAAGAUAAGUUUAAAAAGUUUAGAAAAUUGUUUACAUGCUUUAUCUGAUUAAGAAAUUGUUUAGAUAAGAUAAAAAGAGAGAGAGAGAAAUGGGGUUUAACUUCCACUCAACACAAAAUAGGUCAUUUCAGGACUAACAUAUGUUGUAAUUUUAUUUCUGUAAUUCGCUUCAGCUGUAAGAGGAAACUGGAGGACCCAGAGAAACCCACAAUAAGAUGAAGAGUGAACUAAAACAUUCAGAUCAGGAAGAUGAUUUAUAAAACUCGACCAACAUUUAAUAUACGGUACUUCAACGAAAUAAGUAUAUAUUUGUUAUCCAUGUGCAUCAUUGCUAAAAAUUGCUUCUUGAUGCAGUGGUUUUCGAGCAACCAGGUAACUGGACUUUCGACUAGUGUGUCCCGGGUUCAAAUCAUGGCAUAGGCCAAGAAGAACUUUCAUGGUUUUCCAGCCCAUCAAUCACAGUGUUCACAAGGACAGUAUACCCAGUCAUUAGCAUGCACAUAAUAAAAACCUUGGCUGUAGGAAGAACAGUAAGCAGUAACUCUUCUCUUCGGGCAAUAUAAAUAUGACCAUGUUAGUCUCAAAAUGAUCAAAGUAUUGUGUUGAAGGGACAUUAGACUCAAUUACCAUAAAUCAUUUGUAGCAUAAGAUUUGAUGACAACAAACAAUUGUGUUGCAUAUUUGGGCCUACUUGUUGCUCCUGGCAACAUAUUUAUUUGUUAUGUAUACAUGUAAAUUUCAAAAUGAUUGUUAUUGUUGAAAUCUUGUUAUACCAUGUGCAAGUUGUUUGUGUUCAUCGACAUUCAUCUGAAGUUUGCAAAAAGAUCUGAUAGAUUUAUUUUUCUAUUGUUAUUUUCUUGUAUAAAUGUAAAAUAUUGGAAUCAGUAUUGUCGUAUGUGAUCCCGUGAAGAAUGAAAGGACGUUUCAUGAAAGUAGUUGCAUAAAAAUAGACCAUUAUGUUAUUAAAAAAAAAAUAUGUAGGCAACAAUUUUUGUAGUGUUUUAUUUAAGAGCUGAACUAGUUAUUCUGUACAAUAAGAUCUGACCAUUAUUUUCCAAGUUUUCGUUUGUUUUUUUAAAUCUUGACACACCAUUUUCUAAUUAAAUUUAAUAAUUAAAAAUUGUCUAAAAUUGGAUAUUGGGUAUUGAAAAAACACAGACUUUGUGGUUAAAUUGGCAAAAAAAAUCAUUAAAUUAAUUUUACUAUGACAUUCAAUAAAACAUUUAGAGAUUCUUUCUAUUUCUUAUAUAACCUUUUCUUUCUUUAGUUAUUUGACAGUAAAUAUGUAACAAAAGGAAUUAGUCUGAAUUAUUUCCCAUCUAAAAGAACUGAAUAUUAUUUAGUUUAUCCUUACUUUAUAUGUAGGUGUCUUGAGAAUAGAUAUAUUUCUUCAUUGUUUCGCUGUGUUCAUGAUUUGUGUAAGAUGUGUAGUGUUACUGUUUUUAUAUUGUUUGGUCCCUGUCCGUCUGUUCACACACAUACUUGUACUUUCCCUAAUUUUCAUCAAAUUUUCUAAAAUAAAUGUAAGUAGUAGUUCCAGAGUUAUGGUACCUGUCUGAUAAACAUUUAUUACCAUAUUUGGGCUCAGUCUAAUUGAUAAUUAGUGGUCUUGUUGUAUCUCUUUAUAAAGUGUUAGGCCAUGAUUAAUUAUAAUAUAAAAAGUGUGAUAUUUGCCAUAUUAAUGCCUAGGAAUGGAUAGUAGAUUUUUGUCUGGAAUUGUUUGCUCUAUUGUUGACAGGAAAUAGAGAAAACAAUAUAUAAAUGUAGAUGUGGUAAAACAAAAUAUAUACUGUAAUAACUUAAAUGAUAUUAACCGGAUGCGACAUAGACCUCUGGAGACAGAUUGUUUGGAGUUAAUAGCCCUAUAACAGCAGUAUUUUGGUUGAUUAAAUUUAUUUUUGAGUGUUUCUGGUAACAAAUGAUAAAUAUUUGUGGCACUUCCUGGGAAUGGCUAAUUGUGCUACUGAAGAAUAAUCUACUUUUAGUCUUGGACAGAAAGUUGUAGGACUAUAAUGUUAAUUUUAACAUUAAAUAGUUGAUAGUCUCUGCUGAAGUAUUCACAUAGACAUUUUAAUAUAUAUUGCCAUUUUAUUGUCAUUCUUCCUAUUGUCCUCUUUUUUUACCAACAAUGACCAUAUAUAGUUGUAUGUGUUCAACUAAUAAAAUAUCCAUCCUUUGUAACUCUUAUUAGAGAAUUUAAUUUCAAUAACAGGACAUAUAUAUUCUUAUAAAUUCAUUAUUUCUAUCUUUAAAAUUUCAUGACUUUUUGUGUAUUUUAAAAAAAAAUUGGUUUGGUACCUGUAUGAUAUUUUUUUGUGAGUAAUGUACAAAUUAUUAAAUGUAUCUAUUCUUGUACGAAUUGCUCAACAAUAAUUGUUAAACCAUGCAUCUGUAAAAUCUACUUUUUCUAUUUGAUUGUUUGUUUUGUUUCAAUAUAAAAAGAACUUUGGCUUGAAGUUCUGUAGUGGCCUAAUGGAAUACUUAUAUGAGUGCUUAUACAAUAAUUGAAUCAAUUUAAAUGUUUUCUUUUGGGAUCAUUUUUAGAAAUUUUGGAUCUUUUUAAAAAUAUUAGAUUUUUUUAAUAGAAUUAACAUAUUAAAUAUAGGAGACAAAAAAAUCACGAUAAAAUUCCAUUAAUUUUAAUACCAAAACAUCAGAAAAACUAUUGAAAACUGAAUUUGUGAACACUGCUACUAAUUCUUUGAUGGGUAACCAUAAAGUUAGGAUUCUCCGGCAACAUACCCACAUAUUCCUACCACAGAUAAUAACCACAAAAUUAUACAUUCAAAUUAAAACAAAUAUAUAGUUUCAAAUCUUAAAGCUUUCAGAAAAUACAAACAUAGAAUCUUUUAAGUAACAUUCUGCAUGUAUUAAUGAAUUACCGGUAAGAUUAAUUAAAGGACCUAAACUUCUUUAAUUUGGGUCAAAAUGAAGUAUUUAAUUGGGUUGAUCUGAUGUGUUAUUUCAACUAGGAAUGAAAAAAAAUCUUUCGAAUGUGCACCUUGGGUGUUGGCUAAUUUUAGUUUCAUUUUUGGCUUAACUUGUAACCACAUAAAAAUCUUAAAAUCAACUUUAUCUCUAAUCUGACUGGGGGUUGGAUGGCUGAAUGGUUAGCGUGCGCGCGCUGUAUCAUACAGUCUGUCAUUGAGUCAACUGGCGUGGUUUCGAAUCCCCGGUUGUACGUGGCAAGGAGUAGGGUCGCCUGUCCAACCUCGUGGGUUUUCUCCGGGUCCUCCGGUUUCCUCCCACUGCUAAAGACCCCUACGCGCAAGCGAAUUAUGUAAAUAAAAUUAAACCAUAUGUUAGUCCCGAAAUGACCUAGUUUGUGUCGAGUGGACGUUAAACCCCAUUUCUCUCUCUCUCUCUAAUCUGACUUUAUGUGGAAAUAAAAUUUUGAAGAAAGACAAGCUUGUCAUCUCACAGAACAGAUCAACACCAAUGAAAUUAUGAAUUGUUUUUUUUUCUUGAACAGAUCAAAAUCAAACCAUUUUAAUGUUUAAAUAAAUUUAUUGUAUUUAAUCGCAAUAAAAGUAUAUUUUGGCUUGG